AUGUUCGCUCUGAAGACUUUUUUCCAAUCGCUGUACCUCGUAGCAUCUAUUCUACCGUUGACCAUUGACGCAGCUCCUCGUGCUAAACGUCAAGCCAACUGCGCAUGCCCAGCGAAUGGGUUCACAGCUCAGGAGAAACAAGGUCUUGUGGACCGGCACAAUUUCCAUAGGGCAAAUGUGAACCCACCGGCAUCGGAUAUGACACGGAUGGUAUGGGACGACGAUUUAGCCAACUGUGACGCUCAGGCGUACGCCAACAGAUGCAUAUGGGCCCACGGAACCGUCGACCUCACCGGCUGCCCUUACGACUUCAGCACACCCCAGUACAGAGGUCAGAAUCUAUGGGCACGGACAGCCUUCUCGGCCCAGAAACCGACCAAUCUGGCGACAAACGUCGUGGACAGUCUUCAUGCAGAGAAUCAAUAUUAUAAUUACGCUUCCAAUACGUGUAACAAUGGGAAAGUGUGUGGACACUAUACACAGCUUGUAUGGGCCAACAGUUAUCGCCUGGGAUGUGGUAUCGCUUACUGCACCACGGGAUCGCCAUUUGCACAGUCCCAAAAUUGGUGGAAUGUCGUUUGUCACUAUUUCCCUGGAGGUAACUACCAGGGCCAGAAACCAUACAAGAGUGGUCAAGGCUGCAGUCAGUGUCCAUCAGGAUCUGGGGGAUGUUCCAAUGACGGGAGACUCUGUAUUUCCUCAUACGAAUGUACUAUGAACCCAUCAGCUUGUGGUGGUGGUGGAUGCAACAAACAAUGUGUGAAUGGAAACCUCAAUACUCAAACUUGUACGUGUAUCUGCAACCAGGGUUGGACUGGGACUUUGUGUGACCAACAGGUCUGUACCAAAAACUGCGGUGUGAACGGAUAUCUCAAUUCUCAAAGUUGUACGUGUAUCUGCAAUCAGGGUUGGACCGGAACUUUGUGUGACCAGCCGGUUGGGGGUGGUUGUACCAAAAAUUGUGGUGCGAACGGAUACCUCAACACUCAAACGUGUACGUGUAUCUGCAACCAGGGUUGGACUGGGACUUUGUGUGACCAACAGGUCUGCAACAAAAACUGCGGUGCGAACGGAUACCUCAACACUCAAACUUGUACGUGUAUCUGCAACCAGGGUUGGACCGGAACUUUGUGUGACCAGCAGGUCUGCAAUAAAAACUGUGGCGCGAACGGAUACCUCAAUUCGCAAACUUGUACGUGUAUCUGCAACCAGGGAUGGACCGGACCUCUAUGUGACCAGCAGACCUGUACCAAAAAUUGCGGUGUGAACGGAUAUCUCAAUUCUCAAACUUGUACGUGUAUCUGUAACCAGGGUUGGACUGGGACUUUGUGUGACCAGCCGGUCGGGGGUGGUUGUACCAAAAACUGCGGUGCGAACGGAUACCUUAAUUCUCAAACUUGCACGUGUGUUUGCAACCAGGGAUGGACUGGGACUUUGUGUGACCAACGGGUGUGUAACAAGCAGUGCGUGUAUGGCACCUUGGAUAGCCAGUCUUGUACCUGCAACUGCUUCCCGAGGUGGGGAGGAGCUCUCUGCGACCAAUAUUUAGGGGGUGGAUGUAAUAAACAAUGCAUACACGGCUACCUGGACUAUCCAAGGUGUACUUGUGUGUGUCAAACCGGCUGGACGGGACCGACCUGUAACCAAAGAAAAUCUUCAGCUUGUAACAAAGAAUGCAAACAUGGUUUUCUGAGAACAUCUGACUGUAAAUGUAUAUGCAACGAUCUGUGGAUGGGUGAACUUUGUGACAAGAGGGAAUCUUCAGUGUGUACCAAAGAAUGCAAACAUGGUUUUCUGAGAACAUCUGACUGUAAAUGUAUAUGUGACGAUCUUUGGACUGGUGAACUUUGUGACAAGAGGGAAUCUUCAGUGUGUAACAAAGAAUGUCAACAUGGCUUUUUGAGAACAUCUGACUGUAAAUGUAUAUGUGACGAUCUGUGGACGGGUGAACUUUGUGACAGGAGAGAAUUUUCAGCUUGUAACAAAGAAUGCAAAUAUGGCUUUUUGAGAACAUCUGACUGUAAAUGUGUAUGUGACGACUUGUGGACCGGUGAACUUUGUGACAGGAGGGAAUCUACAGCUUGUAACAAAGAAUGUCAACACGGCUUUCUGAGAACAUCUGACUGUAAAUGUAUAUGUGACGAUCUCUGGACGGGUGAACUUUGUGACAGGAGAGAAUCUUCAGUCUGUAACAAAGAAUGUCAACACGGCUUUCUGAGAACAUCUGACUGUAAAUGUAUAUGUGACGAUCUGUGGACGGGUGAACUUUGUGACAAGAGGGAAUCUUCAGCUUGUUACAAAGAAUGCAAAUAUGGCUUUCUUAGAACAUCUGACUGUACAUGUAUAUGUGACGAUUUGUGGACGGGUGAACUUUGUGACAGGAGCGAAUCUUCAGCUUGUAACAAAGAAUGUCAACACGGCUUUCUGAGAACAUCUGACUGUAAAUGUAUAUGUGACGAUCUGUGGACGGGUGAACUUUGUGACAAGAGGGAAUCUUCAUUAUGUACCAGAGAAUGCAAAUAUGGCUUUCUGAGAACAUCUGACUGCAAAUGUAUAUGUGACGAUCUCUGGACUGGUGAACUUUGUGACAAGAGGGAAUCGCAGAAUACUAGUGACUGCAGAAAGGAAUGCCAACAUGGCUGGCUAAGACCGUCUGACUGUACAUGUGUUUGUGAUGACCUUUGGUCCGGCGAGCUAUGUGAUAUGUCUGAUUCAACUCCCUGCAAUAAGACGUGUGGAGCCCAUGGUUGGCUCCGGAUCUCCGACUGCGCAUGCGUGUGUGAUGACCUGUGGAAUGGUGUACUAUGCGACAGGUGGGAGUGUCCGAACCAAUGUGUACGUGGCACACAACGGCCAGACUGCAGUUGUCAAUGUCCACCCGGAUGGACAGGGCUUGAUUGCAAUACCCCAAGUACCAUGUGUCAGAAGAACUGCGGUCCACAUGGAACCUUGCACGUGCCAAGCUGCACGUGUCGCUGCGAGCCUGGUUGGAGAGGAGCGCUCUGCACUCAACAAUUAGGAGUGUGCACCAAAACGUGUAUGAAUGGCGUCGUGAACCCUGCCACGUGCACCUGUCUCUGCUACCCCGGAUGGACCGGUCCCACGUGCUCCCAACGAGGCUGCAACAAGAAUUGUGUCAAUGGUCAGCUGCAGCCUGAUUGCACUUGUUCAUGUCGCCCGGGAUGGACUGGAGAUCUGUGUGACCAACCCCUGAAAUUGUUAACAUUUUGA